UUUCUCUCCGUGGUUAAAUAGCAAAGCGCGCUGCUUCUUGUGGUAGACCGCCCACUUUACAUAGAGAAGGUUAUUUAGAUAAUCUACCUGUAAGAACUACAUUAAGAGGUAGACAACCCAGCAGCACUUUAAUAUGUACUCAUACAAAAACGAAGGACCGCGUAGAGGAAGAUCUUUUGACUCCAUGAACAUCGGCUUGGAAGAAAAACUUCUGAACAAUGAGAUAAACAAAUCAACCUUCACAAAAAUUGAGGAAAACACUGAAAAGAACAAUUCAUCAGAGAAAGGGAGAGCAACAAUAAUAUUUUCCCUCAAGAAUGAGGUAGGAGGACUGGUAAAGGCGCUCAAACUCUUCCAGGAAAACCAUGUCAACCUUGUACACAUAGAGUCCAGAAAAUCCAAAAGACGCAACUCUGAGUUUGAAAUUUUUGUGGAUUGCGACAGCAACCACGAACAACUGAAUGAAAUAAUCCAGCUGCUUAGAAAGCAUGUGAACGUGGUAGACAUGGAUCCUCCAGAUAACUCCUGUCUUGAAGAGGAAGAUAUGUCUAAUGUACCUUGGUUCCCAAAGAAGAUUUCAGACUUGGACAAGUGUGCUAACCGUGUCCUGAUGUAUGGCUCUGAGUUGGAUGCGGAUCAUCCGGGUUUCAAGGACAAUGUCUACAGGAAAAGGCGAAAGUACUUUGCUGAUCUUGCCAUGGCAUACAGACACAGUGGGGAUCCCAUUCCUCGUAUUGAGUUCACAGAGGAGGAAGUGAAUACUUGGGGAGUUGUGUACAGGGAGCUCAACAAAUUGUACCCCACCCAUGCCUGCCGGGAAUACUUGAAGAAUCUGCCACUGCUGUCAAAAUACUGUGAAUUUCGGGAGGACAACAUCCCUCAGCUGGAAGAUGUGUCACGUUUCCUCAGGGAACGCUCUGGAUUCACCAUCAGGCCUGUGGCUGGUUAUCUGUCCCCACGUGACUUCCUUGCUGGUUUGGCCUUCCGGGUUUUCCACUGUACCCAGUAUGUGCGACACAGCUCUGACCCUUUAUACACCCCAGAGCCAGACACAUGCCAUGAGCUGCUAGGUCACGUCCCGCUGCUAGCAGAGCCCAGCUUUGCCCAGUUUUCUCAGGAAAUUGGUCUAGCUUCACUCGGGGCCUCAGAUGACUCAGUUCAGAAACUGGCCACAUGCUAUUUCUUUACGGUGGAGUUUGGCCUAUGCAAACAAGGACAGCUGCGAGCAUAUGGAGCAGGACUGCUGUCAUCUAUCAGUGAGCUUAAGCAUGCACUCUCUGGCAAUGCAAGGAUAAUGCCUUUUGACCCCAAAGUUACAUCCAAACAAGAAUGCAUCAUCACAACAUUUCAGGAUGUCUACUUUGUGUCAGACAGCUUUGAGGAGGCCAAAGUUAAGAUGAGGGAGUUUGCCAAGACCAUCAAGCGUCCCUUCACAGUCCGAUACAACCCUUACACCCAGAGUGUGGAUGUGCUAAAAGACACUCCCAGCAUCAACAGCGUGGUGGAGGAACUUCGACACGAGCUUGACAUCGUCGGUGAUGCCCUCAACCGGCUGAACAAGCAGCUGGGUGUCUGACUGCCCACAUUCCAGUUGGAGUUAUCCACAUGAACUCCAUCAACGCUUGCCGUGUCAACCCCAAGCAUCGCUGUAGAGAUACUGCUUGUGUAUUGCCCUUCGUCAGUACAAUGAAUGUGCAUUGCUUUGGCAAAGCGCUCGGUUGUCCCCACUGCAUCGCAUACGGCUGAUAACAUUCACAGAGGUGCAUAAGGUGUGCUUAGCAACUUAUAUCAUUAAAAUGCACAAACCCAAAGAGCUGCUUAACCUGAGACACUGUUUUGCUUCCGUUGUACUGUGCUCAAUCAGCUUCUGUAUUCCAAACGUCAUCGCGCUUUCAUAGUACUUUAGUACCCUUUUAAAAAUUCCCAGCUUUUACAACCACAGAUGUGGUUUUCCUCAUCCUAUUGUUACCUCGGCUGUUGUAUAUUAUCAUGUGCAUUUUUUUGUAUUCUUCCACUUCUUCGUUUUCACAUUUAAUCUUCCUCACUUCAGUGAUGUGUAUAAAAUGUACCUUGUUUGUAUUAAUUUGGUGUAUGUACCAUAUUCCUUUUUGUGUGCUGUUGAGGGAAAUUAUAAAAGUGAAAACUGGUGUUCUAAGGAU